UCCAUUUCAAAUUCAUAAAAAUCCAUAAAAUAAGCACAAAAAAAAAACAAUAUUUCAGAAAAAGAUUGGAUUUUUUUGGAUUCUUGGCUAGAUUAACUUUAGAUUAUAACCCAUAAAAACCCAUAAAACUUGAUAAGGCAGAUCAAGGAGGAGCUUUCUUGUUGGUUGCAAAUCUGCAAUUGAAGUCGGCUGCAAAGCUUUCUUGUUGGCUGCAAAUCUGCAAGUCUGCAAAGCUUUCUAGGUGGUUACUGAUCUUGAUCACUGGAGUUGUUAGUUUGCUUGGUUUGCGAAGGUUGUUAGCUAUAUUGUUGGAGACGAGCUAGUGAGACCGUGAGAGAGAAGGAGAAAAGUUGCUGCUUUAAUGGGGAAAUUAUCAAGCUUUGUCCAGAAAACCAUUUCUUGUUGAUUUUAUAUUUUUUUUAAUUGCCAAACAUUUAAAAACGUGAAAAAUAAUUUUCACAAGUAAUUUUUCGUUUAAACAAACCGAUCCUAAAAAUUAAAAAAAAAAUGAAGAAAAUAAAAAAUACAUCCAUUACAUUUAAAAAUUGGGGUUUAAACAAAGAAAUUAAUAAAAUCGAAUGAUAAUGGGCCGACAAGUAUUAGGUAAGAACCUAACCCAACCCAACCCAACCCAACCCAAGCAGUCAUGGUCCUUUUUGGUAUUCCAACUCACUUGAUAACUCCAACCCUCUCGACCGUGUGUUCCCUUUGAGCAGCAGCAGCCGCCUCUCUUCAGCAGAAACAACACAAGCUUGUCUCUACCUUCUACUCUUCAUUGAGGUUCAGAAGAACAAUACCCAGACCCUUCAAAAGAGAAAAAAAAUGAGUUUGAUAUCUCAAAAUCCAGUGUCUAGAAACAGGGUGAAGGCUAAACGGGAUGAUGAUGAUCCUUCAAUUCAUGAAAAUAGCAAAGAUAUUGAGAAUGGGUUGGAAUCUGAUUCUGAAAUCUCUAGGUUGAAAAAGAGAAAGAAGGAAAAGGAAAAGCAGAUUGAGAUUGAGCAAGAAAAAGAAAUGAAAAAGCUUGAAAGCUUUCUUUUUGGGUCCAUAUAUUCCCCUGUUGAAUUUGGUAAAGGUGAGGAAAAUGCUCAAGAUGCUGCUGAAGAUGGUUCAGCUUUGUUCUUUUUGGACCGUUCCAUGAAUAAUAUGGAAUUUUCUGAGGAAAUUGAUUUUGAAGAAAAGAGUAAGGAAAGGAAAGCUGUUUGGGUGGAUGAGGAGGAGGAACGAACCACAAUAAACAUAGCUAAGGUUAAUAGGUUGAGGAAGUUGAGGAAGGAAGAGGAUGAGAGUGUGAUUUCUGGUUCAGAAUAUAUUUCUAGAUUGCGGGCUCAGCAUGCUAAGCUGAACCCAGCGACAGAAUGGGCAGAGCUAGAUUCAGGGUUAAGGAACGAUAGUCUUUAUGAUGAUGAAUCAUCUGAUGAAGAAAAGGUUGUAGUAGCAGCUGGUGGUUACCGAAAUGUUGAAGUUGAUGAUGAUAUUCUUAGAGCAAAUGAAGAUCUUGUGGUGAAGAGUGGGGUUAAAUUGUUGCCAGGGCUUCUUGAGUAUUCAAGACUAGUUGAUGGAAAUGCUGAGGAACCUUCUAAUGGUCUGAUAAAUUCAGUUCAGUUCCAUAGGAAUGCUCAGUUACUACUUGCUGCUGGAUUAGAUCGGAGGAUAAGGUUUUUUCAGAUUGAUGGUAAACGAAAUACUAAGAUACAAAGCAUCUUUCUUGAAGAUUGUCCUGUUCGAAAGGCAUCUUUCUUACCUGAUGGUUCUCAGGUCAUUAUAGCAGGGAGGAGGAAGUUCUUCUACUGUUUUGAUUUAGUGAAAGCAAAAGUUGAUAAAAUAGGGCCAUUGGUUGGUAGAGAGGAAAAAAGCUUGGAAGUUUUUGAGGUUUCCCCAGAUUCUAGUACUAUUGCUUUUUUGGGAAAUGAAGGUUAUGUCUUGUUGGUUUCAUCCAAAACAAAGGAACUGAUUGGAACACUUAAAAUGAAUGGAACGGUCCGUUCUCUUGCUUUUGCUGAUGAUGGGAAACAAUUAUUGAGCUCUGGUGGGGAUGGACAGGUCUACAACUGGGACUUGAGAACAAGAACUUGUUUCCAUAAGGCUGUUGAUGAAGGCUGCAUUAACGGUACUGCUCUUUGCACAUCAACUAAUGGAAGAAUGUUUGCAGCUGGUUCAGACAGUGGGAUAGUGAACAUUUACAACAGGGAUGAAUUUUUGGGAGGUAAAAGAAAACCAAUCAAGACUAUUGAGAAUCUAACGACCAAAGUGGAUUUUUUGAAGUUUAAUAGUGAUGCUCAAAUACUGGCUAUCUGUUCUACCAUGAAGAAGAACAGUUUAAAGCUGAUACAUGUUCCAUCAUUUACUGUGUACUCUAAUUGGCCUCCACCGAAUAAGAACUUACAUUAUCCCCGCUGCUUGGAUUUCAGUCCUGGUGGUGGUUUCAUGGCUGUUGGAAAUGCUGCUGGCAAAGUGCUAUUAUACAAGUUGCAUCAUUACAAUCAUGCAUAGAGUGGAUUCUUACCUCUGUACUUGCUUGAAGCAUCAUGUACUUAUGUGUGGGGAGAGUUCAGCUGCAAUAUAGUUUCACCCCUUCAUUAUAUCACGCAGAAGGCACCAUAGCCGGCAGGUGACAAUGCCUUGGAAAUUUUCUUUCUUUUUUCCUUUGCUUUUUGCCUUUAAUUAUUUGCAAUGCUGAGAGUCAAAAUUUUGGAUACAAUAGCUUUACUUAGUUCGUGUAACGUUUGAGCGCAUUGGUCAUUCAAGGUGUACUUCUACUCUUUGUAACUUGGCUUAAUGGUAGCUUCUUUUGCAGUUCUCCCAUGCAUUAUUGAAUAUUUGGAAACUGCCUUGCUUUAUCUGCCCCAUAAAAUUUUGUUGAAAUUAUAUAACUAUGGUUGAUAAGGAUUAGCAGGAUGUUCCAAAAUUUGGAUUAAUAUUCUAUUUGACAGAAAUUAUUUUAGUGAGUCAAUCCAAGCAUUGUUUGCGGAUGUUCA